ACAAAACAAAAAUCACAGCUGAAUGUAAUUAAACCUAAAUUAGAAGAUGAAUUUCUAUAAAUUCAUUUUAUUCACAAACGCAGUCGCAUCUCUCCCUAAUAUCUCUGGAGAUGGAAAUGAGUUUUACAAUUCAUGUUCCGGCUGGUUGUCAGUUUACAAUUAACGUUAAACCAGUUGUCGGACUCGUACCACCGGCUGGUGGAGGUGGUGGCGGAUUAAACGUUAAUGUUCAUCCUCCGGCUGGUGGCGUUGAACAAGUUAAGGAUGAACCCCUCAUAGUAGAAACCUCUAACCUUACUGAUCCAUCUUUGAAAAUGGCUAACCCUAAAGUUUUCUUUGAUAUGUCCGUUGGUGGCAAACCGGCUGGUCGGAUCGUGAUAGAGCUCUUUGCCCACACGACCCCACGGACGGCGGAGAACUUCCGAGCCCUCUGUACUGGCGAGAAAGGCAUGGGGAAGCUUGGUAAGCCACUCCACUACAAGGGAUCAAUCAUCCACCGUCUGGUUCCCGAUCAAAUGUUAUGUGGAGGAGAUAUCACUGCUGGUGACGGAUCCGGAGGGGAAUCAAUCUAUGGGGACAGAUUUUUCGAGGAUGAGAACUUCAUCAAUAAGCAAACAGGUCCAGGUAUCCUCGCCAUGGCUAACCGUGGUAUUGACACCAACGAAUCUCAGUUCAUGAUUUGCAUGGAGGGGAGCCCUAUUAUCGAUACUGAGCAUGUUGUGUUCGCCCAUGUUGUUGAAGGAUUGGAUGUGAUCAGGAGUAUUGACAAAGAGGUCGGAACUGGUAACUGCGUACCUUCCAAGCCCGUGAUCAUCGCCGACUGCGGACAGAUCUCAUAAGUCUUUGAGUUUUUUAUCCUACAAAUUCAUGUUUGGUUCGGUAUGUUUUUGUUCUUCGUUUUGAUUUGAGUUUGGUGUUUCCAUCUGAGUUUAGAUUAGCUACAUUUGAAUAAUGAUGCGUCUGUCUAUCUUUUCGCUACAACAAAACACACCUAAAAUGCCUUAGAAACUCAUUUCACAAACUAUAUUUGAUCAAAGAAAAAAAUAAAGAUCCUAGUAAAAAGUUUAACACAAAAAGUUCUUGACAUUGUAAUGUUCUAUAACCCUCCUUAGUUAUAAAGAGGAACAAAACCGUUUACCCGUCUAUAUGGCAGCGACAUUAAUAAGUUUCUCUCGUGGACUGGCCCGCUCUUGCAGCAACCUUCGCCUUCGUUUUUCACUUUCACUCCAUUUCCAUCUCCAUGUUUCUAUGUUUCCAUUAUCAAGCUGUUGCUUUUG